AUGACUCAAGAUCUUGAGAUGAAAGAUCGUUCAACUCCUUCCAACUCCGUUUCUCCACCCGUUCCAUCUACUUUGCAGCAUUUGAAGGAGAUAGCAACUCUCAUCGAGACCGGUUCGUACUCCAAGGAAGUUCGUAGAAUUGCUCGUGCUGUUCGUCUUACAAUUGCAUUGAGACGGAAAUUGACAGGUUCUGUUAUCACGUCUUUUCUCGAUCAUGUGCUUACUCCUGGGUCUGAAUCUCAUGCCAAAUUGUCUGCGUAUCUUCCCAAGGAGGAUGAUCAUGAGAUGGAAGUGGACGCUGCAACGUCUGCCAUUCAAACCCCUACAACUAAACAUUUGUUGCCCGAGCUAGAAAUUUACUGUUAUCUGCUUGUAUUACUUUUUCUGAUUGAUCAGAAAAAAUACAAUGAGGCCAAAGCCUGUUCCUCAGCUAGCGUUGCUUGGCUGAAGAAUGUGAACAGAAGAACUGUGGAUGUUAUUGCAUCUAGACUGUUUUUUUACUAUUCAUAUAGCCAUGAACUUACUGGAGAUCUAGCUGAAAUUAGGGGCAACCUCCUUGCAUUGCACCGGAUUGCCACUCUGCGCCAUGAUGAGUUGGGCCAGGAAACCCUUUUGAAUUUAUUACUACGCAACUAUCUUCACUACAACCUAUUCGACCAGGCAGAGAAGUUGAGGUCAAAGGCUCCACGAUUUGAAGCACAUUCAAACCAGCAGUUUUGCCGUUAUCUCUUCUACCUCGGGAAAAUCCGGACAAUUCAAUUGGAGUAUACAGAUGCAAAAGAGUCUCUCCUGCAGGCUGCUCGUAAAGCUCCAGUUGCAGCUCGGGGUUUUCGAAUUCAAUGUAACAAGUGGGCUAUCAUAGUGCGUUUGCUGUUGGGAGAAAUACCUGAACGAACUGUCUUUAUGCAGAAGGGAAUGGAGAAGGCGCUAAGGCCUUACUUCGAGCUUACAAAUGCUGUCCGUAUUGGAGACUUGGAGCUGUUUAAGAACAUUGCAGAUAAGUUUGCAACCACCUUCAGUGCAGAUGGAACCCAUAAUUUGAUUGUUCGCCUGCGGCAUAAUGUCAUCAGGACUGGUUUACGUAACAUCAGCAUCUCAUAUUCUCGCAUCUCACUAGCUGAUGUUGCUAAAAAAUUGAGGUUGGACUCACCAAAUCCUGUUGCUGAUGCUGAGAGCAUUGUAUCAAAGGCUAUUCGCGACGGAGCAAUUGAUGCUACAUUGGAUCAUUCAAGUGGUUGGAUGGUUUCCAAGGAAACUGGAGAUAUUUACUCGACAAAUGAGCCUCAGCAGGCUUUUAAUUCUCGGAUUGCCUUCUGUCUUAACAUGCACAAUGAAGCUGUUAGAGCACUUCGUUUUCCACCAAACACACACAAAGAAAAAGAAAGUGCUGAAAAGAGAAGAGAGAGACAACAGCAAGAGCAAGAACUGGCCAAGCAUAUUGCAGAGGAGGAUGACGAUGAUUUCUGA